AUGUGGAAGAUAGACAUUCGAGUUGUGCCUUGGUUGGCCUUGCUCUAUUUGCUCAACUUCCUUGAUAGAGGAGCUAUCGGGAAUGCGAAGCUUUAUGGCAUGGAGACUGACAUCCAUGUCAAUGAUAAACAAUAUUUGAUCGCUCUUACAGUAUUUUUCUUUCCCUAUGCGCUCUUUGAGCCAGCGAGCAACGUGAUUUUGAGAAGGUUUCGACCAUCAUUGUGGUUAUCCUCUAUGAUGCUCGUAUGGGGUGUUGUGAUGAUGUGCCAUGGAUUUAUCCACAACUAUAGCGGCUUGCUGGCGGUGCGUAUCAUGCUGGGUCUUGCGGAGGCUGGGCUAUACCCUGGCAUCGUAUUUUAUCUUUCCUGCUGGUAUCGCCGUUGCGAACUGGGUACCAGGGUGGCCGCGUUUUUUACAUCCGCAACCAUUGCUGGCGCUUUCAGUGGCCUUCUCGCCGCGGGCAUCUCCAAAAUGGACGACGUCGGCGGUAAACCUGGAUGGACGUGGAUCUUCAUUUUGGAGGGUCUCUUCACGAUUCUCUGUGCUACACUUUCAUUUUGGAUUAUCGAUGAUUUCCCAGAAACGUCAAAGUUUUUGACUGAAGCUGAACGCGUUUUUGUGAUUCGUCGCUUGCGAGCGGAUAUGCAACUCAGUGCAGGCGGAGAGAAAUUCCAGAAGAAAUACAUCUGGCAAUCUCUAAGAGAUUGGAAGACGUGGACUGCAAAUAUGGAGACCGUCUUUGACGGGCCACUUUUCGCCUUUUCGCUUUUCACUCCAACGAUAAUUGAGAAGCUUGGUUUUGGUGCUACUGCUGCAAAUCUACUGUCUGUGCCUGUCUACGGUUGGGCUUGCAUCGUAACUAUUGUAGUUGGCUUCCUUGGAGAUCGCCUAGGAACUAGAGGCUAUAUCAACUUCGGUAACCUUUUCGCUCACCUUCUGAUUUUUGAAACGUUUGGCUCAUUCUCCAUAGGUCUUGUUGGGUACAUCAUUCUGAUAGCAUCCCGAAGCCCAGCACUUUCUUAUUUCGCUUGUUUUCUUGCUGCAUCUGCAUGGGUCGCAAGUAAUGUUGAGGGAUCAUAUAAGCGUGGAGUUACUCUGGCAAUGGCGAUUGGCUGGGGCAAUUUAAAUGGGGCAGUCUCCUCAAAUGUGUAUCGUUCCAACGAUGCUCCAUGGUACAGUCUUGGCCAUGGCAUUGUCCUGGCUUAUAUUGCCAUCGGCUUCUUAUCCUCUGUGAUCUUCCUGUUCGCAUUACGUUGGGAGAAUGUUCGGCGAGCCCGAGGCGAUCGCGACGAGGUCAUAGGCGACGCAGGUUUCGAGCCCAAUGCUAAAGAAAGCAAACUAGAACGCGAGAACGGGCGAUACAGAACAGUAGACGAGGCAAGGAGAGACAAGGGGGAUCAAUGGAGUGGUUUCAGAUACACCUUAUAG